UUCCAAUACUCAUUCGGCUAAAUUUCAAAAUCCACUAUCGGCAAAACAUAAACCAUUAAUCACAACAGCACAAGUAUCACCAACAAAAGUUCAACAGCAACAAGAGUCGACAAUGACAAACUCAUCAGGCUCAUUGGAAUCACCAAAUUCAUUGAAUAGUAAUCGCUUUUAUUCGGCUUGGCAGGAUUUAAUUGAAAAUGUACGAAAUUUCGAUUAUAAUCGCAUAAAAAAUUUAAAGGAACACUUUCAUGUCGAAUUCGUAACCAAGGAAAAAUUUACGGGUGGCCAACUAAAAACCAAAAACGGGCAAAAAUAUGUCUUCAACGGUCCUCCCUCCGGCAUUUAUGUGACCAGAACAUGUGUAUUCUUCACAGCGAUACUAGCGCUGGUGGCGCUCCUCUUCACCAUACUCAUAACAUAUUUCCUGACAGCGAACUCAGUGGCGACGCCAAGCUGCUUGAAUGGUAACUCAAACAAAAAUACCUCACCCCUGGCUCUGUCGUCCAAUGUGAAUACGCAACAGUAUAACGCCACACCAGUUGCGACAGCUAGCAUGCUUGGCAUGAAGCCACUCACGUCUAGUCCCAUAACAAAAUAUGGUACAAUUUCUCCAAUAGCGCCAGUCGGUGACAUCAGCAUACCACCAGAGCAUGAUAUCCUUGGAUCGGAUAAGAGUAAAACAGUAGAUCGGAAAUUGCAGCUCCACGAUGGUUGGAGGCCAUUGCAUUACAACAUCGUCAUAGAACCCAAUAUACUCACCGCCAGCAGCAAUGGCAGUAUUUCUAUUGAGGUACAACGCGAUGCCAACAUCCCCAUUUUACUUCCGAUUACGCUCGAUGUGCACAAUAUUUCCAUUUCGAAUGUGCGCGUUAUACGGUCGCCUAAAAAUGAUACCACGAGCGAUGAAAUCGAAUUGGACUUCGAUGGUAAAUAUGGAGAGGACAAUUCAACAUUUGUGGUUGCCAUCAAUAAGGGCAUUGAAGAUGAGCGGAAUGUUAAAUUGAUAGUGAGCAUGGAUUUUGUCAGCCAAAUAACCGAUACGCUGCAGGGUGUGUACAGGACAAGCUACACGAAUUUGGAAAGCAACAAGAUAGAAUGGAUGGUCAGCACGCAAUUUUCGCCAGUGGACGCACGUCGCGCCUUUCCUUGCUUUGAUCGACCAGACAUGAAGGCCAACUUUACCAUCAGUAUUAUACGCGAUAAUAAAUUGGGCAUGGCAUUAUCCAACAUGCCAGUCUAUCAUAGCUCUACCCAUCGACCCGGCUUCACACGUGACGAUUUCUUAACCUCCCCAAAAAUGCCCAUCUAUAGCUUCGCCUUUGUCGUUUCGAAUCUGGUGAAAUCUCAUUACUCUGACUUGGACGCAAACUUAAUACCACGCGUCGAAAUCUGGACACGUCCCGAGAAUACUGAAAUGACUAAUUAUGCUUAUUCCAUGGUGCGAAAGUUCUUGCCUUUCUACGAGGAAUACUUCGGCAUAAAGAAUCGGUUGUCGAAAAUCGAUAUGGUAUCGAUACCGGAUUUUGGCUUUAGUGCUAUGGAGAAUUGGGGUUUGAUUACGUUCAGAGAUUCUGCAUUGCUGGUGCCAGAAGAUCUCGAUAGAGCAUCCUCAUCCGCGCAUAUGGAGCAUGUUGCACAGGUUGUCGCACACGAGCUUGCCCAUCAGUGGUUUGGCAAUUUGGUCACACCUAAAUGGUGGGAUGAUCUUUGGCUGAAGGAAGGCUUCGCCUGCUACAUGAGCUACUUGGCGUUGAAUGCGAUACGUCCGGAAUUUCAAAUUCUAGACACUUACACUACUUUCGAGUUUGCCGAUGCUAUGCUACAAGAUGCAGACAAUAGUUCACAUUCCAUUGCCUUCGAUGUGAAAUCGACAAAUGACAUACGUCGUAUCUUCGAUCCGAUUACAUAUUCGAAGGGUAAUAUACUGUUGCGUAUGCUGAAUUCGAUUGUAGGCGAUGAAGCAUUCCGCGCUGCAACACAAGAUCUGCUGAAAACAUACGCCUAUGGCAAUGCAGAUCGCGAUGAAUUGUGGGCAUACAUGACACGACACGGUCAUGAGCGAAAAACUUUACCUGACGAUUUGCGCGUUAAGACUAUUAUGGAUUCAUGGAUCACGAAGCCGGGUUACCCAGUUAUCACAGUGGAGCGACGUGAUGGUGACUUGGUGCUGACGCAAGAGCGUUAUAUGUUACCGUCGAAGAAUAUGUCGGACGAUAGCCGUUGGGUUGUACCUAUCACCUUUGAAACGGAUGAGCUACACAAAGGCGAUAACAUACCCACCCAUUGGAUGUCGGAGAGCGACCGGCAAAUUAUUAUCAGUGAAGCUUUCACCACCGAUAAUAACUCGGAUAAUGUUGUGUAUGUGAAUUUAAAUCGUCAAGGCUACUACCGUGUUAAUUAUGAUAUGCCCUCUUGGUUGGCGUUGAAGAAGAAGUUUACAACAUUGCCACGUAUAACGCGUGCGCAACUAUUGGAUGAUGCAUUGCACUUGGCACGUGCGGAAUACUUGACCUACGAUAUACCGCUUACCUUCUUAAUGGAAAUUUUUACAGCCACCGAUGACGAGUUGCUGUGGCAGGCGUCGGAGGGCGGGCUCAACUACCUCAUAUUCAUGCUGCAUCGCGAACCUGCAUAUGAAACUUUUAGGGCAUUUAUGAAAUUCAUCGUUCGUCCUGCAUUCGAUCGUUAUGGGUUGAACGAACCAGAUAAUGAAUCGCACAUACAGUUGCAACAUCGCGCCAACAUUGCCAACCUUGCAUGCAGAUUUAACUAUGAUCGCUGCACAAUGGCAGCGCAUCGGAAGUAUCGCGAAUGGAUGAGUGACGCCAAAUUGAAUCCCAUUAAGCCAAAUCUCAAGUCCACCAUUUAUUGCACAGCGCUAGCAGAAGGUUCCUUCCAGGAGUGGUACUUCGCCUACAAGCAAUAUAAGCGCACAACAAGCGCCUCAGAAAAGGAGCAAAUACUGACCUCAUUGGGUUGCACUACAAAGCCGUGGUUACUCUCGAAAUAUCUGAAUAUGACCCUCAAUCCAACAUCUGGCAUAUUGAAACAGGAUGGCGCACGCGCUUUCAGCGCCGUUUCCAUGAAUCCGAUCGGUUAUGAGAUCGCUUUUGAUUUCUUACAAUCGAACAUCAAAGAGAUUGCAGAAUAUUUUGGUGACGGCUUCUCUACGCUCUCCUCAAUGAUCAAAUCUAUAACGACUUACAUGAAUAAGGAAUACCAUAAGGAACAGCUGCAACAAUUUGCCGAUCGCGCACGCAAACUGGGAUUGACAGCAGUUGAGGAAGCCAUUGGCCUGGCCAUGGAGCGGGUGAAUAAUAAUAUUUAUUGGCGCAAUCGUUCAUAUUACCAAUUGAAAGGCUUCCUGGAGGCGAUAGUCAGCGAAUUUCAUAUGAAUAUAUUUUAAUUUACAUUAAAGUAGAAUGAUAAGGAACGAAAGGGGAACGAAACGAAAAACAGGCACUCAUAAAAAACGCUUAGAAAUCUAUUUGAGGAGCACAUACGUAUGCACAUGUAUGUAUAUGUGUAUGCAGGUGCGAUAGAUUGUAUUUACUUUAGAGAGGAGUGUGUAUAGUUUAAGUGAGAAAUGGUGUGUACGAGAAGCGAAUAGGGAGCUUUAGAAUUUGCAAAACGACAAAAGAUAUUAAGCACAAGUAUUUAAGAAUUGUGCAUUAAAAACUUAAAUAGCCUUUUAUUUUUUCGAAAAUUUGUUUUGCAAAAAAGUGAUAUAUUUGUAUAAGUGAAUGAAGUAUAUUUUCUCAACUACCUAUUUCAAACGGAAUAGUUUUUUGGAUGAAUAUUUGCCUAUCUAACUGCUUAAAUAGCGUAAUCUGAAUGUUGUUGGUGCAACAGAAACGAGUAUUUAUGAAAAUAUUUUACAACAAAAUUUUAAUUUUGGAUUUUAUGAUUUGAUUUUUGGCCUUGUAAGAUUAUAUUGUAUGUAUUGUUAGUGUUUUUCUUUUCAAAUUAUUUAUUUGCUCAUCGAAAUCGUAUACUCAUACGCGCGUCAGCAUGAAUAUUUUUACAAAUUUAAUGAGGCACUAUUCAGUGUAUUUUUUUUUCAUACCAAAUUUAACGUAUUUUAAAGCCAAAGAACGUAGAUACUAAGAAUGGACAACUCGUUAUAAUUAUAGCGAAAGUGGGUGCUUUCUCUUUUUAUCCAAUCAAAAAAUGUACUAGGUCAAACGAGAAGGCACGCGCCUGUUACUCACACUCUCUGCAAUUAUAACGAGUUGUCCGUUCUUAUUAUCUACGUUCUUUGUUAAUGCCAUGGACACAAAAUUUAAUAAAUAAUUUGCUUAGGAAAAGUAUUUAGCCGUUCUAGGAUCUUGAAAGCCUGACGCGCAAAGUCUCGCUCAUAAAUAAAUCACAGAUAGAUACAUACAUACGCGCAUAUAAACGAUUUAAUUUUAACUAUACUAUUGUUAAUAUUUUAGUUUACCGUAUACUAUUAAUGUAAAACUUAUUUACUUAUCUACUCACAUUAUAACACCCAAGCAUCUGCACACGCAACCAUACAAAUACAUACUCGUGUGUAUGUACAUAUAUUUUAUUUAAUAUGUAAUUUCAAAUGUCGAAGAAUCAGGUCUCUAAAAUGCAUAUAACAUUUGUAUUUUUAAUAUACAUACAUAUUUGUAUACAAUUUAAUAUAUAAAUUAAUUAAUUAUGACUACUUUUAUAACCACAUUACAAUUAAAGAAAAUAUAUAAUUUAAUAAUUGUAGUGAUGUUCCUAUGUUGAAAUACUUACAUAUGUAUGUAUGUAAAUUAACUUACUUGUACUUGUAUAAAAAUUACAGUUUACAAUAACAACUUGCAAAAAUGUGAACACUAUUUUAUUACAACUUUAGCACGAUAAUAGAUAUAUGUACAGACAUAAGUUAAAAAUAUAAUUAAAAUACAUAGUCAUAAUAAAUAUAAAGCACUAAAAAACCUAUUUAAAUUGUAUAUUUUUGGGUGUAUUGCAAAUACUUGCCACGACAAUGCGUUUUAUUCCAAUUCAAAGAACACACAACAGCAGCCCAAAAGUUAUAGCACAUAAAUGCUGUUAAAUUUGUAUGGAUUUGCAAAA